GGUAGCUGCUGUCGCUGCUGUAGUCACCUGGGCAGUCCGGCAAAAAUUUGUGACCAGAAAAUCGAUUGCCGUCCUACCUUUAUCGACCUAAUACCAAAACAGUCAACAAACGUAAAAAGUAAUCAAAUUGAAGUAUUACAAAGCCUUUCAGCGAUUUCGUGUAUGGUGAAGACAUGUAUUUCAAGAAUAUGUAUGAUUACUUCUGAAAACGUGCUUUGGUGCUCAGAUUUUACAUGCUGGGCCAGCCGGAUUUAACAAAAGAUGGACUGUGAACUUACACUUGAAAUGGACUACAAGUAAAAAAUAGUAGAGAAUCGGUGUGUGUUUUGACAUUCUCAAGCUUCCGCGAGAUGAGAGAGCAGGUCAGUGCAGUUGAUCCCGUGGGGAGGGCAACUUUAAACCUGAUAACACCCUUAAUCAUAUGCAAAUCUAAUAAACCAAUGGAGAGGGCAAAAAAUGGAGCCCGAUAUUUCCGUAACCCACCACAGCCCCACAUGUGCAUUCAAGAUUUUAUUCAGGGUUCCAAUGAGCCAUGCUACAUUAAUGUAUUGUCCUGGAUUAAGAUUUCAACUCCUAGGAGGCCAGAAGAUCCAAUUCCACUAUAUGGAGGCAUGAGGAUCCCAUGUAGCAAUACAGUUCCAAUUGAAAAGAAGAAUUUUUAUAAAAGACAGCCAACCACAUUUGCUGUGAUGGCAAAUCCUGAAAUUCUGCGACUGAGCGGCAAGACUGCAAAAGACCCAAUGGAUCGUGAUGCUCUUGUGGACCUGAUGUUAGAUUUUGUCGAAGCUAUGAAUCCAGAAGUGAAAUUUAAACGUGAGUUUUCUGUCCUAAAAGACCGUGACUUGACUGGUGAACUGAAAGACAUCUGGUUGGCCAUCCAAGUAAAACGAGAGAGGGAAAAGGAAAAAACAGAAAAUGGAAAGAAAUCAGAAACAGGAGACAGAGAAAAACGUAAGGAAGGAAGGGAUGAAGAUUCAGACAAGCAGAGAAAAGUAAAAAUCAUUGAUCAAGACAAGGAGAAAGGCAAAUGCACAGAAGCAUUUCCUACAUGGUUUGCAAUGGAGCAGGAACAAACCGUAGAGAAAGGAAAUAGAGAAGGAACAGAAUUUGUAGAGCUAAAAACUUCAGCACUUCUAAGUAAUAAUAUCCACACCAAACGAGACCAAGAAAGCAAGAAGAAAUGCGUCAGUUCCUGCGAAGGCAAUGAGGAGGAGGUUAUUAUAUGUUCAUUCAAAACAGAUGUCAGGAAACUAGGAGACAUUGCAGUCAGACACAUAAACUCAAUGUGUGAUGCCUGUGAAGUUCCAGUUACCCAGUCCGGAGAUUCCAGGAGCUCCCCAACUCAUAAGCAAAAAAACAAGAUGAGGUCUUGUAAGAGUGAAUUGUUUACUCAGACAGUACAACAUUCUGAUGAGAUUAAUAAUGGAAAAGCAGAAGGGUCUGGUUCAGACAUUCCUUGUGUAAAUGAGAUUGGCAUUAUUACAAAACACACGGUGUUCAAAGAAAUAUGUCCGUCGUCUUCUGAUUCUUCAGAAGAUGAGGAGAGAGGAGAAUUCAGAUUGAACAGUUUGAAUAAGGUUAUAGACAACGAAACUGAUUCAAAACAAAUUGUUGGUUUGCUCCAGGAUGUCGGAAUGUCUGAUGUAAGUCAGAGUUUGGAUAACAUAGAUAUUGAUAUCUAUACUAAUGACAGUGCUGUAAAUGCAAAUGAAUUGAGCUCAGGUUUAGAGCCGUGCAGUUCUCAAAAGGCAGUUUGUGUGGAAGAUGCAUGUACUUAUGGAAGCACAGAUUUGAAAAGCAGUUAUGUGAAACAUUGUAAAUUCUUAUGCAUGAAAUACUCUGCUAUUAAAAAUUCGACUAACAAGCAUCAGUCAGGCAAACAAAAUGUUCAUGUAGCCAGUAAAUUUAAGGGCCCUGAAUCUUGUGAAAGCUGUCUGGCUCAUGCAGGAAGAUUUAAGGUUUUAGUUCCUAAAGAUUGAGGUUAGACAUACUACUGUAUAAUAACAUGAAACUCAACACUGGUGAUAAAUUACAAAAUACCUUUAAUUAUAAAGUCCAUUGUUAUUAUCCACAGUGCUAGAUGCAGAUUUCGUAAUUGCAGUGUAUUUAAUAUCCUGAUCUCUUUACUGUAACUAGGUAUUUUUUGUUUGUGAUGCAUAUAAGUUUUUUUUAAUUGAUGAUAAUUUUCAAGAGACUACAUUUUGAGAGUUGUGUUUGUUAUUUUAUAUACAUGUCACGCCCAAGUUUUUGAGAUUUCCUAUAUUUUUUUAUUAAUUUCCUUCUUUCUUUCUGUGAUGUUAGAAUGCAAGGAAAAGCAUUCCAUCAUAAACAGAAGGCAGAAAAUUUUGCUGAUACUGAAAUUUUUUGUUUUAAAGGCUAGUGAGUUAAAGAGAAGGUAUUGUAUGUUUUAAGGAAAUGAAAGAUCUAAUCUGGAUAGCUGAUACUCGUCCUAUAAAUCCAGCCAAGUUUUUUAAGUUUAAAAUGAUAUAUUGUUCCGGCCCUUGUGGAACAUAUGACUGCAAUGGAAACGUUGCCAUAUUUAUUACCUGAAAUAUUAGUAACUCUGCCAGACUACAUGGCACCACAUACUACAAGACUGUACUCUUCAUUCCAUUAUAUAUGCAUAUGAAGACAUUUUUUAUUUAAAAUUUCAUAUUAAGCUCCUGAUAUUAGUUCAAAGUUGUGAUAUACUUAAAAAAGUUGUAGCUUAAUUUUUUAUUGUAAAUGUGCCAUUUUUGUCUGUUUACAUUGUGUAUGAUUAAAGCAUUGAUUCAACCACG